CCCGCGGGGGCGGGGCUAUGCUGAUGAGGGGCGUGGCCAUGCAAAUCGCGAGGGCUCGGGGGCAGAGAGGCGGCCGGAGCGGACACGGCGGGCGAGCCUCCCUGCCCAGCCUGCAGCAGCCCCACCAUGCAGGCAGACUCUGUCCUCCACAGCGGGUACUUCCACCCGGUGCUGCGCUCCUGGCAGUGCACGGCCACCACCUUCGACGCCUCCAACCUCAUCUACCCCAUCUUUGUCACGGACAACCCUGAUGCCGUGGAGCCCAUCCCCAGCCUCCCUGGACAAGCCAGGUAUGGAGUGAACAAGCUCGAGGGGAUGCUGCAGCCCCUCGUCCAAGACGGCCUGAAGUGUGUGCUCAUCUUCGGGGUGCCCAGCAAGGUCCACAAGGAUGAGAGAGGCUCUGCUGCCGAUGCCGAGGGCACUCCUGCCAUCCAGGCCAUCAGGAGGAUCCGCUCCACCUUCCCAGAGCUGCUCAUUGCCUGUGAUGUUUGCUUGUGCCCUUACACCUCGCAUGGGCACUGCGGUAUCCUGCGAGAGGACGGCACCAUCCAGAACGAGCUCAGCUGCCAGCGGCUGGCAGAGGUGGCACUGGCCUACGCCAAAGCAGGCUGCCACAUCGUGGCCCCCUCAGACAUGAUGGACGGGCGCAUCGGGGCCAUAAAGCAGGCGCUGAUCUCCAACGACCUGGGCAACAAGGUCUCCGUGAUGAGCUACAGUGCCAAGUUUGCUUCCUGCUUCUAUGGACCCUUCAGGGACGCCGCGCUCUCCAAACCCGCCUUCGGUGACAGGAGGUGUUACCAGCUGCCCCCCGGCGCCCGCGGCCUGGCCCAGCGCGCCGUGGACCGGGACGUGCGGGAGGGAGCGGACAUGCUGAUGGUGAAGCCGGGGAUGCCCUACCUGGACCUCGUGCGGGAUGUCAAGGCUCGGCACCCCACGCACCCGCUGGCCGUGUACCACGUCUCGGGGGAGUUCGCUAUGCUGUGGCACGGGGCGCAGGCGGGAGCCUUCGGGCUGGAGGCGGCGGUGCGGGAGGCGAUGACGGCCUUCAGGAGGGCAGGUGCCGACAUCAUCAUCACCUACUUCGCGCCGCAGCUGCUGCGCUGGCUGCGGGAGGAGGCGGCGGGACGGGCCUGAGCGCGGGGCGGGAGUGCCGGGAUGGGCGGGAUUUCCGGGGGGCGGUGCAGGUGGGCCCCGGCACCGCGAGUACUCCCAGCCACUGGAGCCCGGUGAGCCCCGGGCCCGCUCCGCACCCC